UUGAGAGAAAGAGAAUCAGCGGAUGCUCCUUUUCCUGGAAAGGAAGAAAAGGUUUUUUGAAUUGCUUCACAGCCACAAAAAGAUAAAAGGAAUCAGAAGAAGCAGGAGUUUAGAAGGACAGUGUGGCUUCCAAAGACUUAUUUUUGGAGAUUCCUCCAUCCCAGGAUGAAAAUGGAAGAGGACCUCUCCCCAGCCUGGCCAAAAGAAGAAGCCCCAGAAGAGGCCAGAGAAGCCCCCAGUGGCCUCCAGAAGGCUGUUCCCCACAAUCCGCAGGCAGAUGGGGAAGGAGGAGGUCCACCGCUGGAGCCAGUGCAUUCUGGGUUUCCUGGGCACCCUCCCCAAGGGGCAGCAUCCCAUUGGGUGAAAGAAGAAGCAAGAGAGGGUGUGGAGGGUUGCUGGGAAGCCCAGUGGCAGGAGUUUCUGAAGAAGAUGGAGUCCCCAUGCUCAAGCCGGCGAUCCCCACCAUUCUCAGAGGAGCCCACGCCAUGGGACAACACCAAGGCAUUUUUGGAUUCCUUUGAGCAAGUGGCCAAGGCUUGCCAGUGGCCCAGGGAGGAGUGGGUGGCCAGGCUCUUGCCGGCCCUCAGUGGAGAGACCAAACAGGUCUUUGACAGGAUGUUGUCCAGGGAUAGAGUGGAUUAUGGGAAAGUGAAAGUGGCCAUCUUGCAAGGGGAUGCCCUGCAGAGGGAGAAGCAUCGCCAGCACUUCCGGCAUUUCUGCUAUCAGGAGGCCGAGGGACCCACCGCAGCAUACAAUCAGCUUCAAGACCUUUGCCAUGGGUGGCUGAAGGUGGAGAUACACUCCAAGGAGCAGAUCCUGGAGCUGUUGAUCCUGGAGCAAUUCCUGGCCAUCCUGCCCCCAGAGAUCCAGAGCUGGGUCUGGGAAGGCAGCCCUGAGACUUGCUCCCAAGCGGUGGGCCUGGCUGAAGAGUUCCUUCAGCGGCGACGAGAGGCCAAGGACCACCAUGGAAGGAAGGUGAGAUGGUGGGACUCUGGUUUAGAAGGUAAUAGAACCCUUCAGAUUGGCCAAGAAGCUUAG